AUGCCUGCUACAAACAUGUGCACGAUCAAUCCUGAGAGCACUGUCAUUCAGCCUACAGCUCUAGCUCCCGUUCAUCACUAUAAUCCGGAAGCCGGGAUAUCCUUGGAUCCCCCUCAACUCAACCACCAGACUGCGGUCUGCACUCGUGACAUUCUUACACAAGCCAGAGCCCAGACGGCAAAAGUCUGCCGACGGGAAUGGCAAUUCUUUGUCCGCGUUACGGUGGCUCUUCUUUCCAUUGCGUCUGCGUAUCUCGGAGGGUUUCUCUGUCACGAUGCUAACUUGGGCAUCAAAAUCGGGGCUGUGCUGGCGCUUUCGACGGCCAUCUUUGAAGUCCUAGAGAAGAUGCUGUAUCGAGGACCGGCACGAGAUUCCGACUCAAGGGAUCAGAUAUUAGCCCGCCUCUGUUAA